AACACCGGCAAAGCUGCUCACAAAAAGAUGAUCAAACUCGUAGCGUCCCGGCCAUAUUUGAUGCCGAUUGGUUAUUAUUUCAACGCGGGGCUCAUCCACGUUUUUUCUGGAGUUAGGAAUGGUUAUCUUGGGUGUCAAUUAUCCGCAGUAUCAGGUUGAAGUGGGAUGCAGGGCUUCAGCUGCCGAACCGACAAUAGAUGAGCCGCAAGAGGUGGAGAGUUUGGGUUUUUAACAACAACUCAAACAAUGGCGCUUUUAUUCCUUCUGACCACCUUUGCAGAAGUGAUGAUGCUGAUGUGCGAGGGGAAAACAGUGAAUGGAUUUUUCAGUAGUGAUCUCGCGAGACAGCGUGGAGGGCAGCAAGUUGCUAAAUUUCUGUUUCAUGGUACGAAUGCUUUACUAAGCUGUCAAAUAGGCAACAAAACAGUGGCUGUGGAUAAAGACGCCAAGCUUUACCUCUUCCAUGAGCAGGACUGGUUGAAGCUACAAAAGGAAACUGAAGGUGUUAACUGUUUAGUGAAGUUUUCUGAAGCCCGGCUAACAAUUUCAUUGGAUGAGGUGGAAAACAAUCAAACUAUUUCCCAGUUUCUACGCCCUCAAGCUUGGUGCAUUGUGUAUGCAGACAAGAUGACCUGUCUAGAAGAUGAGGAAGACAGACGAGGUACUGAGGGCCUUGUUGCAAAGGCUAUCAAGUUUCAACUUUUGUUACUGAACCCAGAUGCAGCUAACAAUCCAUUGGAUCACUUCAGUGCAGAGGAGUCUGGGUUACAUGAUUUCUACUUCCUGCUAGUAUUGGCUUACUUCGUAGUAGCCUGCAUAUAUACUCAGCCAAUCUGGCGAUCAAUUAAGAAAGGUGGACCUAUGCACACUGUACUGAAGGUUUUGUCUAUUGGAUUGUUGCUGCAAGCUGGUGCAGCGUUCACUAACUAUAUGCAUCUGUCAAGGUACUCAGUGGAUGGAAUUGGAACUCCUUUGUUGGGAAGUUUGGCUGAAUUAUGUGACAUGGUCUCCCAGAUUCAGAUGCUCUAUAUGCUUCUGAGUUUAUGCAUGGGAUGGACUCUGGGUAGAAUGGGAAGAACUCAGAGUAGGCUCCUGCAGUGGGACUCAACCCCAACAUCGACUGCCAUAGCCAUUGUAGCUGUUAUUACUCAGGGUAUUUUAUUGCUUUGGGAACAGUUUGAAGACAUUGAUCACCAUAGCUACCAUGCACACCAGAGUGUGGCAGCUCUGCUGCUCAUUGUUUUACGGGUGUGUCUGGCCCUGCUCUUAGCCUCCAGUCUUUACCAGAUCAUUACCAUGGAAAGAAGUGCACUUAAGAGGGAUUUCUACAUCAGUUUUGCGAAGGGCUGUAUCCUUUGGUUUCUCUGUCAUCCAGCACUAGUAGCUACAUCAAUGAUGUUUGCUGAAUACCAGCGUGAAAAGAUUAUCAUCAUUGCUGUUACUCUGUGUCAAUCCAUCUCCAUGGUUAUCUUGUACAGACUCUUUAUUUCUCGAAGUCUUUACUGGGAAGUUUCAUCACUUUCUUCGGUUACACUACCACUUACUAUGUCAUCUGGAUACAGAAGUCGCUACUCGUCCUCGUGAUGGAACUUAUGUGGCUUAAGAAAGACUUGCCAUUAACUGUAUGUAGUGAAUUAUAAUCAGUAAACAUAUUACUUUGGCAGUAUUUUGUUGCAAAUGGAUUUGCAUUCCCUGAUUGUUUAGAACAGUUAACGUUAAGUCAUUUGCAAUACACAUUGCUGUCAAAUAUACUUGAAUCAAUGAAUUCAAGAAUUGAACAUGGAACUCUCUCCUAAAAGAAAACAUUUUUGGAAUGGACAGAUAAUCAGUUGAAGUUUAUUGACAUACCAAGAAUGAGAGACAAUCUCUGUAGUAUAGUGUAUGGGCAGGAAGAGCACCAUUUAUGUUGCAAAUGGAAUGUAAUAAUGUGCUUUUUAAAAAAAAAACUAACCAUGUUUACAUUUACAUCAAAAUUGGUACAUAACUUGGUCUCAUUCAGAAGUUAUUUAAAAUUAAUACAGGAAUAUUUUUGACUAAUUUGGAGUUGUGCUUUUUAACCAUAGCUAAUGUAUUUUAAUGUGUUUGUUAGGUUGUAUUAUUGAAGCUGAAAACAACAAUUAUGCUAUAAGCAUGUUAUCACCUCAGUCCAUGGCAAAAAUAAAACAAAACAGUAAUAAAGUAAAAUAUUGCUUUUCAGAAAAAAUACUUUUAGCUGUUGCAAUUCAUGGACACCUAUUUCUUAAGUCUUUUGAAAAUGUAUAAUUUUUCACUCCUUGAUUUCUCCCAGGAGUUACUGCACUGCUUUAGCAGCCAAAGGGUGUGGUGACAUCUAUCAAUGGUGCUACAUGGUCAAUUGCCAGGACAUAUGUAUGCUUUCCAACAAAUAAUUUCUAUAUUGAAGUCCUCAUUCUUGUUAUCUAGUUGACAAAUGACUAAAUUUGUCAAUUAUGUCAGUAGGUUCUUGAGAUCCAGAUGGUUACGGGGUGUUUUGUAAGAGGAGAAAAUGCACUAAAGCUUCAAUUUUGGAACGAUGAAACAUAAGUUAUAAUUCUGACAAUGACUUUGAUCAUUUAUGGAAAUAAAAAUACUAUUUCCACACUAAAAUGCUUCUGCAUGUCUUUAAUACCAAGUUCUUCAGACUGAAAAUCUUUAUUUCCCUUUUUUAUGAUUAUCAGCAUAGUUGAUAACAAUAUGGUUGAAGGCACAUAUUCAUAGAUGUAAAUUUGCACAUUGGCACCUGAACUGUGAACAUGGGCACAAGUUCAAUUUUCACCUUGGGUACACCAAGCAUUGAUAUUGUUUUGACGUUUAAAUAAUUGUGCAGAUUAGACACAGUUGAGCUUUCUAAUUUAGCUCUAUGCUAAGGAUGGAUGAUGACCCCCAACUGUGAGAAGGUCCAUCUUCCCAUUGACCAUUUAAAAAAAAACUUACUUUGGAAUUAAAAUUUCAUAUUUCAAUGAAGCCAGCAGCCUUUCUCUCUCCCAAUAUGAAUUUUAAGUCAUCCUCUUUUUGCAGUGCAAUCUUUAUUGAUGUGCAUUGCUCCAGGCCUACAUAAUAAGCAUGGUCAAUUGGAAGGAGGUUAGGUAAGGGGUUAAACCCAAACCUAGUCCAUAUAAUAAAAAUGCUGAUCUUGUUACCUGUUCAGCAUAUCCUGUGUGUUGAACUAAAUCACGGCUAUGUAAAAAAAAUUAUGCAUCAAGAAAAAUGUCUUUCAACUAUGUUUCAAAAAGUUUAUGUUUGUUACUCUUGUGACAUGUUUAGUUUCUGCUUAUGCACUGUCUGCAAUUCGGGUUAAUACUCGGUUUCUUGUUAGAUUGUGGGACUGGGUCUUGUGAUCAACAAUAUAGUUCUCUCACAUAUUUGAGAAAUCUGUCAAUUAAAUAAAUACAUGUUUCAAGUUUACUGUUGAAAUUUAAGUUGGUGAAUAAAGACUGUAAGCAUCUA